GCGGAUGCUACUCCGUACUGGUACUGUAAUGGUACGCCGUACCGUACUGCAGCAGUAACACAUAUUGCCACUGUACGGGUACGGCGGCGUAUGCUCGUACACUUUCGUUGCGGUACAUACAUCGUAGCAUCUCGUACCCAUCAGUAUAUAUACGCUGGUCAUCUGGAACGUUUCGUAUGAUUAUUUUAUUUUUAAGUAUAAAUAUUAAUUGUUAUAUAUUCCUUUCAGUAUAAUUUUAAUAUUCGUUUUGUUUAGUGUAAAAGAUCUAGAAAGUCCAUUUACUCACCGUCCCUUCCGCCAUUCACGAGAUUCUUAUCGAAACGUAUGUUUCGGCAUCAUCCAGUGUUCAUCGGGCAGGGACUCAAGGAAAUUAUCGAUAUUUUUUACCGUUCAAAAACAUUCGGCUCCUGACAGACGAACCGUGCAUUUAAAGAAUAAAAUUUGAAGACUCCAUAACACUCCAGGAUGUCGAUCGACCCGGAAUAUGAGAAAAUGUACUCACCAAGUGCAUGGUGCAAAAGAGUUUCUGGCCCGAAAGUUCUCGAGCUUUUUUCUCAACUCGGUGAAAAAGUUACAAACAAAAUUCGAUCGACAUUGAGUUGCGAGCUGGACAUUCCGUACGGGAUCGGAGACCGAGCGAAGUACGACGUGUAUGGAACAAAUUUGCCAAAUGAUGCCCCAAUUCUCGUGUUCAUACACGGUGGAUAUUGGCAGGAAUUGAGUAAAGAGCUCGCUAGUUUCCACGUUGAGAGCUUCGUUUCGAAAGGAAUUAAAGCUUACAAUGUUGGAUACAGUCUGUGUCCAACAGUGACCUUGACCGAGAUCAUUUCCGAAAUUAAAAGUGCUGUGGAAAAAAUUCUAAAGCAGGCUUGCGACUUAGGAUCUAAAUGCGUUUGGAUCGCUGGGCAUAGCGCCGGGGCCCAUAUGGCAGCGAGUUUGCUUCACGACACCGAAUGGCUCAAUUCUAUCAAGAGGAACGCUUCUCUGAAACUUAUAAAGGGCAUCGUUUUAAUCUCUGGUAUUUACAAGCUUGAGCCUUUGCUCAGAACAAGUUACAACGAAGCUCUCAAACUCAGCAGAAACGAGAUUGAAAGUUUGAGCUUCGGAUCCCUGGAGACUUCGAGGUACGAGCCCAUUAGGGAUAUAAAAGUUCUUGUGACAGUGGGCGAAUGUGACCCACCAAAAUUUGUGCAACAAUCGCGAGAUUACGCUCAGAAACUUAUUGAAUUCGUGGACAACGUGGAAUUUAAGUUACUUCGCAACAGCAUCGAUCAUUUUGAAAUUGUCGAGAAUCUCGGUGAUAAAGAUUUCGUUUUAACGAAAAUGAUAUUACAAAUGAUCCUCGAGCACUGACUCUUAACUUUCAACCGAUAUAAACGUUGAUUGGAGUUUUCUCGUUUCAUUUCUUUACCACGUCAAUAGUGCAUCUUUGUCGCGAUAUAGUUUUUAACCUACAUUUUUUUAAUAGAUUUUCUGAUAUUUUCAUACAUAUAUAUAUAUAAUUAUAAAUAUUUUCAAGAAAUAUAUACACAUAUACUCAUAUAUAUGCACAUAUAUUUGUGUGAAGGUUAAACAAUAAACUCAAACUUUUGAUAAAAAUAA